AUGGGUGCGCUGGAGGCAGAACCACAUCAGGGUUGGUUCAGGCACUCAGAGCUCAAGGUCAUACUCCACGGGGCGUCAUUUCUCCAAAUCGCAGGGCGGAACCACCGACCCACACCCUCAUUAAUACCACCGACAUAUACAAUGGCUUUGUUCUCAUCCGCCACCGACGAGAAGCCCGUCGAGGACGCUCCCGCCGACUCCAAGCAGGAGAAGAAGAACAAGAGAAAGGCCGAGAAGGAGAAGAAGGCGGCCGAGAAGCGCGAGUCCGUCGUCCGCCCGGGCACAUCAGGCACCGCCAACCUCUUGCUCAAGUCCCGCGAGGAGGCCAACGAGAACUUCAUCAAGGCCCAGCGCGCCGAGAAGGCAUACAUCACCCGCAAAAAGGUCGCUCUCGCCCGUGCCAACUUCAACAACACCAAGAGCCACUUCAAGGAGGGCUUCACCCACCUCGCCAAGGGCUUCAAGGGCUUCUUCUCCGCCAUCGCAGCGAUCCCGUGGCUUAUCAGCGAGAAGCGGGAGAAGCGCCGGCAGAACCGCGAGGAGGCUCAGCGCAAGCGCAACCUCGAGAAGAAGAAGAAGCUUGAGGAGGCGUUGGCCAAGCAUGCCGGCGGCAUGACUGACGAGGAGGCUGCCGCUGCCAGCAAGUAG